AGAAACUCAGUGAUCAGGAGGAAAGGAAGGUGAGAGUUUCUGCAAUGGAGGAUUCAUCAAAUGGGAAAGUUGAGGAGACCCGGGAAGUCCAAUCGGUCGAUGAGUGUAAGAAUGUUGUUGUUGAGGAUGUUGAAGACUCCUCCAAACUAAUUGGGGUUGAAUCUGUAAAGGUUUUGGAGAUUAAUGGUGAGAAUAAUUCUGAGCCUGCAAGUAAAAGGGGCAUCUCUAUUAUUGAACAAAUUAUUGAAUCUGCUGAGAAACUUCUUGAUGGCAAUGAUUCGAGCUCGAGUUCAAGCAGUUCGGAUGAGGAAGAGAAUAAAGUGCCUGAUCAUGAGGAGGUUCCUGAUCAAGUGGAAGAAAAAGAAGCUGUUGUGUGUUUGAGUCAACAAGCCUUAGUUGAGAAUGAAAAAGAGGAGAUGGAUGGUUCUUCUCCUGCCGAAACCGAGGAAAAGACAUUAACAUCAUCUUCGGUUGAGAAUGAUGUCGUUGCGGAUUUUAUGUCAAAGGGUAUUGAGGAAACCAAAUUGCAGUCUUCAUAUGAGAAUAAUGAUUUUUAUGAUGAGGAUAUAACUUGUGUGGAUCAGAAGGAUGAGGCUAAUUCCGCUUCAGAAGAAGUUUCGGAGGGAAUUGAAGGGCUAAAAUUGCCAAUCUUAGAAGAGAAUAAUACUGGGCAGUCAUCACAAGCUGCUUCUGAGGCUGCAAGUGGAAAUGCUUGCAACUCUGAGAUUGCUGAAAACACAGAGAAUCCAUCUGCUGUGCCUGUGACUAGAUCCUCCCUCCAAGCAACUUCAUGGACGAGCUGUUGUGGACUUUUUGAAGUUCUGCGACGAUCUGACCGAUAAACUCAAGAUUAGAGAGACUGUGAUAGGUCCAAAAAAUCAAGAAAUUGAAGACCUAACAACUCUCGAGUGACUUCUAGAGUUUUUGUGUUGCACAAUAAAGUUGGAGAUCAGAGAGUUAUUUGAGUGAACAGUUCGAACAUUAAGGUGUCAAAAGUUCUUUA